GUAGUUGGUGAAGACCUGAUCCUGCCCUGUUCCCUUAAGAACAGUGUCAGUGCAGUGGACAUGGAGGUGCAGUGGAUUAUUAAUACAAAUAAUAAAGAUCAGCUGGUGCAUAAGUACAGAAGACACAUGGACGUAACAGAUGAGCAGCUUCAAGCAUACAGCGGCAGGACGAGUCUGUUCAGAGAAGAGCUGCAGAGGGGCAACAUCUCACUAAAGCUCAGAUCAGUCAACGUCUCAGACACAAACAAAUACAAGUGUUAUAUCAAAGCCACUGGGGGGACUGAUGAUGCUUCUUUUGAAGUCCAGAUUCAUGAGCCAGGAAAUGAACCAGAUAUAUCUGCUAAGAGCCAUAACAAUGGCAGUGCCACUCUGGUGUGUGUAUCCACAAACUGGAAGAUUAAGCCUGCAAUGGUCUGGAUGGAUGGUAAAGGAAACAUCCUUCAGCAAGCAGGAGACCCAGUGUACACCAGCCAUGACACAACUUUCAAGAUCCAAAGAAGUGUUACUGUGCAGAAGAAGCAUGGUUACAACUACACGUGCAGAGUAUCAUACCUGCACCACACAAAAGAGAGGAUGAUUGAAGUAGAACGGAUCCUGUCAACGCAAAGUCGACACCACUGGACACCUCUUGUUUUCCUGAUCAUUCUGUUCAGUUUGCUCCUCCCCCUUGUGUGUAUGUGGGUGUACUGCAAGCUUAAAGGCACACUCAUCUACUUCAAGAGGCAGGUGUUGCAGGACUAUAAUGCAACUCAUCUUGAACAUAAACACUGGCCUAACUUCUACUUUAAGCCUCGAGUCAUUCAGAGAGGAGAGGGUGAUCACAAGAACAUCUCCUUGGAAGAUAUCUUUGGCCCCAGUGACAUCCUACAGAGUCUCAGUAGCUAUAAUGCAACUCGUGAUGAACACUGCCUUCUUCCACAGAUGACAUAUGACAAAGUUCCUGGAAAAACGUACCCGAAUACAUUUCCCAAAGUGGUCAUUCUACAGGGUCGCAGUGGCUAUGGAAAGUCUUUUACUGCACAGAAGAUUGUGCAGGACUGGGCCUCAGGAGCUGAUUACUUGAAACGAUUUGAUCUUGUUCUUCUCCUUAAGAGUGAGGACCUGAACCAACAGAUGAAAAACCCAUCAGUGAAGAUGGAACUGGUAGAGCUUGUGUGCCCUCAUGAGAUAUUUAGACCCAUGGUUAAGAAGACUCUAAUGAAAUCACCACACAAGGUGCUCUUCAUUAUAGAUGGCUUUGAUGAACUUGUGUUAGCAGAAAAGAGAACCCACCCCACUCCUUUCAGUCGAUUCAGUCAAGCAUUAAAGGAGCAGAUGGUAUCAGAAAAUCUAAGCCAUCUCUUUGAUUUCAGUCCAUUCAGUCCAACAUCAGUUGAAGACCACAUUCUGGCCCUCUUGAGUGGACAUAUCCUGCCAGAAUCCUAUCUGCUGAUCACCUCAAGGCCCUCUGCUUUAGAUGAACUGAAACGACUGAUCCGAAGAGGACCAGUAAAGUCCACACAGAUCAUGGGCUUUUCUAAAGAUAAUGUAGAGCAAUAUUUUGAGAAGUUCUUCGAAAGCACUGAGAAAAAACUGAGAAAGCACUGUGAUAUAAGCUUUGUUCGAAAACUUGAAACUCUCUCUGCUUCUUGUUGUAUUCCUGGAAUGUGUUUCUUGGUGUGCACAUUUCUUAAGUCUGAAGAUGAGACACCAAACAUUACUGAACAGGAAACAGUUACCUCCAUAUUUCUGAAACUCAUGAUCAGUCUGGUUAAGCAACACUAUAAUAAGGAUGCACUAGACGGAAAUUUUCUGAAAGACCUUGUUGUUCUGGCAGAAGGAGAGAAACUAACGAAAAAUAACCGGAGAUCAUCUAAGGAUCUGUCAGAUCUGAAAACAAAUCCCUUUCUCUGCAGAGAGCCCCCACAGAUGCAGUGCAGAUUCACAUAUCGGGUAUUUCAGGAGUUCUUCAUGGCGCUGGGUUACAUUAUUCCAGAUGGUUUGGGAAAUGUUGAGACCCUCUUGACAGAACUAAAGGAAAAGACUCUAAACAAAAACACCCGCUGGUUUGCUAUGAUAAGGUUCCUGUUUGGCCUAUCAAACCCCAAAGUAAGCCAUCUUUGUACACAAAAUGUAGAACAUAUGACCUCUGUCCAGACUUCAUUGAAGAACUGGAUUUGUGAAGAAAUUAAGGAAAAACACAAAAAGGAUGUUAGAUUGUUCCUGCUACGGUGUCUCUAUGAGCUACACGAUGAGGAAGUGACAAAGGCAGCCAUGCGGGGUAUGGAAUCGGAUACCAUUGACCUGAGGUCCACACUCCUAAAUGAGGUGGACUGUUUGGUGCUGCAGUACUGCCUGCAGUUCUGUCCCAACAUCACACGGCUAGAGCUCAGGAAAUGCCAUCUCACAGCUGAGGAGUUGAAGCUGCUGACUCCUGCUCUGGGUAGCCUGCAGAGACUGUGGUUGGAUGUGGAAGACUUGGCAGGGGCUGAUGUUGCUAAGUUGAUAUCAUCUCUGGGUGAUGGAAAUAUUCUGAAAGAACACAGUCCUUCUGAGACCAGAGAAGUUGAAAUAAAAAUGUCUGCUGUGAAGACCCUCAGCCCUGAAACAGUAGCCUCCUUAAUUGUCACAUUUCUAAAGAGCAAGACCAAAUCCUCAGUAAGUAUUGAGGUGGCAGAAGAGAAGAACACCAAUGGUCGAUCCAGUGUUUGUUCCUCCAUGUGGGUGAGAAAAUACGAGAAAAUCUGUGGGUUGGAUGUUGAAGACUUGGCAGAUGCUGAUGUUGAUAAUUUGAUAUCAUCUUUGCGUGAUGGAAAUAUUCUGAGUGAACACAGUCCUCCUGCUGAGACCAGUGGGCCCACAGUUAAAAUAAGAAUGUCUGCUGUGAACCUCAGCUUUAAAACAGCAGACAACUUAAUAGACACAUUUCUGAAGAGCAAGAAAAAUGCCUCUGUAAGUAUUGAGGUGGCAGAAGAAAAGGACACCAAUGUCCCUCCCAGUGUUUGCUCCUCCAUGUCGGUGAAUAAAGACAAGGACAGCUCUGAGUUGGAUGUUGGAAACUUGGCAGAUGCUGAUGUUGAUAAGUUGAUAUCAUCGCUGCAUGACAGAAAUAUUCUGAGAGAACACAGUGAGCCCAGAGUUAAAAUAACACUGUUUGAUGUGAAGAACCUCAGCUCUAAAACAGCAGCCAACUUAAUAGACACAUUUCUGAAGAGCAAGAGAGAUGUCUCUGUAAGUAUUGAGGUGGCAGAAAAGAACACCAAUGUUCCUCCCAGUGUUUGUUCCUCCAUGUCGGUGAAUAAAGACAAGGACUGCUCUGAGGUGCAUGUUGUAUGUGAACCUCAGCAGUCUGGAGACUUUCCAACAGUUUCCCUGAUGAGUCUCACCAUGACCCCGUCUGAAGAUUCUAUCCAAGAUCCUUUAGCUAUAACAACCAGCUCUGAUUCUAGAAUGAUUUGGACAGACAUCAUGACGUCUCUAAGCAGACAGGAGAAUGUCAUUACAGAUUUUCAACAGUACCUGUGCCAAUUGUGUGAUUUGAAGAAAGCACGCAUUAUUGUGAAUAAACUGAUCCAAAAUGAGACUAAUGAGCUGUUCUCCCAACUCCUGAAGAAGUGCCCUAAACUCAUAGACCUCAGACUUCAGACAUGUAAAGAAGGGGGUGAACAGAUAUAUUUGUCUCUCGACAAAGCAAAAAACAGCAGAUUUUGUUUACAGGUGAGAGGGUACUCCACUGAGAUUCCGCUCAUCUCACUCAUCCUAUCUGAAAGACCUGGACCUUCACAGGUCGCAAACCUCCUCAGCACAGUUCACUCUUUCGGAACUGCAACAAAAGAUUUGGAUAAGGGAAUGGAUGCUCUGCUAUCAUCUAUGAGCACCCUACAUGUACUGAAGGAGAUGACCCUGAGAGUGAAAUGCCUCACGGAAAGCUGGGCCAAUGGUGUCAUCAGACUCAUGCAGAAUAGUCCCACACUGCAAGAUGUGAAGAUAAUAGCCAUUCCAAAGGAACAGAUAGACCCACAAGAUGUAUGUUCUUCCCUUUCACUGAAGGAACUUGACAACAACUGCUUGAUGGUGACUGCUGAUUGCAAUUCAGAAAUCUCCAAUGUGUCGUUCACCCUGCCGCCUACAGAUGCAGCAGUAUCUGAGUGUACAAACAUUGUUCAACAGAUUCACUCAUCAGGAAAAGCAACAGAAAUAAACGUUGGCCUUAGCAGUAUUGUGUGCAACCUGCUCUCUCUGCCAUGGCUGGAAUAUGUGCAUUUGAGGGUGAGCUGCCUGACCGAGAUCUGGACCAGCAACAUCCUUUCCACCAUCAAUGGCUGGAAGAAAAAGAUAAAGGUGAACAUGAGCUCAGACGAAGAUGAUGAAGAGGGUCUUUGUUCAUCGAUAUCUGUGGAAAGAGACGGAGGCAAAUUGAGACUGACCGCAAACAACUGGAACAGCACAAGUUAUACAACUGCACUUUCUCACAUCUCUGUCCUAUCUGAGGCACACUCUGCAGAAUGGAUAAACUUCCUACAGAUUUUUCACACUUUUAAGAUAUUAACAGACAGUGAUCCAGAGGUAGAUGGCCAUUUAAAUGACUUAGUGAGGUGGCUGUGCGCUAAUGGAAUAAAGGAGAUUAACCUGAAGGUGAGCAGCUUGACGGAGAGCUGGGCUGAGAGGAUCAUCAACCUUAUACAGAAAUGCCCCAGUCUGGAAAAUGUCAGCUUGUCUGCCGGCUGUAACACUGUUGCAGUUGGUCUCACUGGCUGGAUGGAACAUGGCCCUCUGGAAGAGGAUGCAAUCAAACUGCUGAAGGAGUCAAAAAAGAACUUGAAAUGCAAUAUAACAAUCUCAGGGAACAACCCCUACACACAGAAGGGAAACCCCGGAGAGCCAGUAGAGAUCAAGAUCUAGAGGACUGAUGGGAACUCAGCGAGGGCUCCCUCUGCUGGACACAACUUUGAUGAAGAACCAGAGAAGAUCAUUCUAAUGUAGAGGGCACAGGUGCUAAAGAACUGCUCUGCCUCAUGUAAGAGACAAUCAUGUAAGAGACAAUCAGUGUUGGGUAAGUUACUUAAAAAAAAGUAACUGGUUACUUUACUUUAGUUACUGCUUUGAACUGUAAUUGGAUUACUUUACUCGUUCCUAGUUUUAAAAAGUAACUCACUACUCGUUACUUUACUUUACUUUUUUCCCCCACUCAUACAAAUCCCGUAUGCAGAAAAUGCACGCUCAAACAAGACAUCCUAUUAUUUCAUUUAACUUCAUUUUUAAACCUUGUGCAAAGCACUUGGCAGUGUGUAAAAUGAUAACAAAAAAUAAAUAUUAGCAUUUACCACACAUGUGAAAAGUGGUCUACAUAGGCCUACAUAGGCCUUAAGUUGCAAACAAAUGCCUCAAAGUAAAAAAAAAAAUAUUUCCAGUUGCGGAAUGUCAGCGUCGAUGUGCUUUCGUCCACCUCCAUAGCUUCUCUUCCGUUUGCUUUCGCUUUCUCACUCUAAGCGAUCUCUGCAGCACAGGGCCGGCCCGAUGCUUAGGCAUUAUAGGCAAAUGCUAAGGGCGCACAUAGGGGGCGCCAGAAAUGGAGGGGGAAAAAAAGUGUAACUUCCACUAUUCUUAAAACUGAUAUUACAAUGUCUUAAUAAGCCCACAUUAAUUUCACUGCAUAGCAAAGCCUACUAAGUACUAGUAAUAAUAGCCUUCUUUCCUAAGGUGCCCCCGCCCCCUUCCCUGAGAUAUUACCUGUGAGCUGUGACGGGCGAAAAACUUCUCUGUCGGAUUGCUCAGAAAGUUCUAGUCACAGGCGUGACAGAGCACGAUUUUAGCUUUCCUAUGGUAUUAUGUAGGCCUAGGCUACUAGUUGCUGUGAUAAACGUUUCGCAAGAAAAACCAACGUGAAUGCUACAUGAAAUGUAAAACAUUCUGCACAUUACUGCGACGGCCAAAAAAAUGCGAAAUGCACACCCAUUCUUCUGUGUUGAAUUGCUCACGAAGUUCUAAUCACAAUGAUAGCAUAUACAUAUCACCUGACAGAGCACGGUCUUAGCUUUCCGAUGGUAUUAAAUACUAGUUGAUAUAAUAAACGGUUAGCGAGAAAACCAAUGUGAAUUUAGGCUACAUGAAAUGUAAUCAUUUGCAUUCCAUUUAUUACUCUCAGUGGAAUCUCUCAAUAGCCUACAUGACAAACCAUAUCAAAAUAAACGACAGACCUUACCAAACAUGAGGAUAUGAAGCAUUCAUUUGUACAAUAAGCCAUUCCCGAGUAAUCCAGUUUUUAAAUACUUGGUUUUGAACAUUUAUUUAAACUAUAUAGAAUUACAUCGAAAAAAUAACCAUUGCUUCCAGAUAUUCCUAUGCAUUAUGCCUAUUUUAGACUAGUCGAAAACCAUGGCUAAAGCCUAAUUACAGUAGUCUCACGUUCUUAAAGAGACCCUAUGCAACUUUCUGCAGGAGACGAUCGCUCCUUGUUUACAUCUGGAAGUCUGAGACGAAGAACCACGCUUGCAAUUUAUAUAUUUAAAUAUAGCCUAUACAUGUAUAAAUAUACACGCUAAAGCUGUUGGGGAAGCUCUGCAGAGAAAAUGCAAGCAUAAAACGAGCAAAAACGAAAAACCGAAACCAGAGAUGAAAUCGCCAAUCCUGCAUAGUUCCUCUUUAAAGUGACAGGCACUAAAUUCGACCAACAGUGUAAUGACAUUAAAGACAAAUAUAAGUCGAUAUGACAAUCGUGUCAAAUUCAAGUCAAAAUAAAAAUCAAUAUGAAAUAGUUAACUUAUACUGUAUGUAUAAAUGUGUAUGUAUAAAUAUGGCAAUAUGAAUUUCAAAAUGUUUGAGAUACAAACAUAUUAUAGUGUGUUGGGGGAUUAUGUGCCUUAUAUUGUCUUUGAUCUCCACUGGUGUAGUGGGGGGCUCCAUAAUCAAAUCAAGAAAGUAUUACAAUUCUUGACAUGAUAUCAUUUUUAAAUUGUGACACAUUACAAUUAUUAUUAUGUAUUUAUCUAUUUUCAUUUUCAUAGAUAGAUAGCCUACCCAUUAUCUAUGAUUAUGUAAGUAACUAUGAUUGUAUUGAAUGUGAGUUAUCAGUCUACAACACCAGUACAAAUGGCACUGGGAAACCUACAGUAUAGGCAUACUGUUAUUUAUUCACCUGUUCAACAACUGUCACAUGUUAUAGCCUAUGUACUAUAGGCUAUUGGUCCCAUGUGUCUGUCAAGGGGCCUGCACUAAAAGAUUGUGCUGAUACCUUUUGCACCCAUUUUUUGUUGCCCCCCAAAGAUGACAACCUGGUAACCCCUCUAAGCUAUUUAUAUAUUUUUUCAUAUGUUCAGUUCACUAUUUGUUGUAUUUGUUUCUUUAAGGCUUUCUAAGUAGUUUGAAUGUGCUUUGCUUUAUUUUCAUAUGAGAAUGUUCAAGACAAAGCUCAGUGUCGUGUGAGUGUAUGUAUACUGGCAGUGUAAUUUACUGUGAUGCAAGGGGGCGCUACCUAAAAUCUUGCCUAGGGCGCCAAAUUGGCUAGGGCCGGCCCUGCUGCAGCAUUAGGCUAUGCAUGCGCUAGUAGCUCCGUCUCAUUUAACCUAGAGCUAAGGAGAGAGAAUUUAUGGAGCCUACUAUUCGUUUUAUUAGUCAACAUUUUAAUUUUUACACUAGGCUACUCAAAAACGUGGGUAACACAGUAACUAGUGUUACUGUAGACUAGGAACUGUAAUGAAGUUACUGAAAUUUGAACUGUAAUGCGUUACGUUCCUACCUUCCUUACAACAGUAAUGAAAUUACAGUAAUUCGUUACUUUGUAACUCGUUACCCCCAACACUGGAGACAAUGUGCAACAUGGUGAUUGGUUAACAGGAAAAUAAGGUACUUUAGAGGUAGUAGGCCUACUGCGGCCACUACGCGGAACUUGUAAGUGCAUAAUUUUUCUGUUAACCGGACGGCAUGGAGUUUAUUAUACCCUACUGUACCUCUGUUGCCACUUGCGUUGUGUUCAUUUGCUGUCAUAAUUUCAAUGUCUAAUCGCUAACAUUUGAAGAACUACCAACCCUAAUUAUGCAUAACAUAAUUAGGUUAUCUAUAUCUGAAGGACUCUAACAAAAUCAUUUCCUUUGUUUAGAAUAGUGAUGUUGGCAAUACAAUGCACUAACUAUAUAGCCUACUGUACCUUUGUAUAUGUGUAAAACAUUUGUAGCUUUGAGUGUAAUUAAUUGCACAUUUUGUAUUUUGGCCACAGUUUAAGGGAUCAAAGAUACAUGAGAACUAGUCGAUGGAAGUGAUUUUUUGUGAGUUUAUUACUUUUGAAUGUGGAUUUUUGUGGUGUUGUUUAUAUUAUAUAUUGCAACGAAAAUUAUCCUCUGUAACAAUGUGUAUCACAUACUUAAGUUGGCCAUACAUAAUGUACUUUUGUAUACCUACAGAUCAUUAGUACACAUGUAAUAAGUGCCCUAACCCUAACCUACAGUGCAACCGGAAACAGUGAGACCUAAAGAGAUGUGUGCCUCCACUAGUGUCCAAUGAAUUUAUUUGGCACAGGUGGAUUCCAAUCAAGUUCUAGAAGCAUCUCGAGGACCAUUGAUAGAAGUAGGAUGCCCCAAAGCUCAAUUGCAAGUGCCAUAACAAAGGGUCUGGAUACUUAUGUAAAUUAAAUAUGGCAGUGUUUUCAUUUUCAUCUAGUAACAUGUAUUUCUUUAAGGUUUGUACUCUAACUGACAAUGGCCGGG